UGCAAAGAGAUAGACAAUGCCGAUCCAUUUUGUGAGUUGUUUCCUCGUUCCCUUGCUUUGACUUCAUACUUGGUCUGCAACUUCGCAAGCCAGUGAAGCCACCUUGGUUUUUAAUCUCAUUCACGACCUAGGCACAAUCUUAGCAUCUAAAUAUUACUUUUUCCUCUUCCAAAUCAAGACUUGAUUUAAAGCAUAAGCUCCUGCUUUAUGUAUCACAAUUUUCCUACGAUCGAGCAUCAAUCUUAAUCUGGGUGUUAGCUAUUGUGCUGCUACUAGUGUGAAACUUCAGCUGAAACCCAGGCACGGAUCCAAUAGAGCACAAUCUUGUCAAAUUUUGAAACUUUGCUAUUUUGGGCUCAUUUGUUGAGGUUUAGGACUAUUUGUGAUUGAUUGGAGGGAGAGGAACGAGAGAAUAACCUGAUCCCUUGUUAUUUCGGAUUCUACUUGUUAGAAGCUGGAUUUGAUCUUUUUGUGUUUCUGAGCUAUCAAUAUGGGAGGGCAAUCCAGCAAGAUGACUGGUGCUGAUUCACCAACAUCCAUUAAAAUGGGUGCCCAUUCACUUUAUGCAGCUGAUUUGAGCUCCUAUGAAGCUGCAUGUGUGAAAGAUCCAAGCUUGCAGUCCUUUGAUGUGACCAUUCAGGAGCACACUAACAGGGUGAUUAGUUCCCUUGCUCAUGGGGUUGAGGUUCGUUCUUUAUCUUUUGACUCACUGAGAGAAGUGACUGACAGUCUGCUUGAGAUGAAUCAGGAAGUUGUUAAAGUUAUUUUGGAUUGCAAGAAAGAUAUAUGGGGAAACAAGGACUUGUUCUCCUUGGUGAAUGAUUAUUUUGAAAAUAGCCUCAAGACAUUGGAAUUCUGUAAUUCUCUUGAGAAAUGCUUGAGGCGAGCACGCGAAAACCAGGUGAUAAUCAAGUCCGUAAUUACCUACUUUGAGGAAGAGGUGCAAAAUGGGGUUGAAGGAAUGGCGUAUGUGAAGACAUUGCAAGAGCUUAAGAAUUUUAAGGAUGCUGGGGACCCCUUUACAGAAGAGUUUUAUUUAUUGUUUCAAUCAGUUUACACGCAGCAGGCAUCAAUGUUGCAGAAAUUGCAAAUCAGAAAGAGAAAGCUUGAUAAGAAAUUGAAAUCCCUCAAGACAUGGAAGAGGGUGUCAAGUGCUAUUUUCGUGGCUGCUUUUGUUUCUGUGUUGAUUUUCUCUGUGGUGGCAGCUUCUGUUGCUGCACCACCUGUUGUAACAGCUUUGGCUGCUGCAUUGGCUGUUCCAAUAGGGUCCGUAGGAAAAUGGUGCAACUCACUUUUUAAGGGCUAUGAGAAAGCUCUAAAGGGACAAAGGGAAGUAAUCAGCUCAAUGCAGGUUGGUACUUACAUUACAUUGAAGGACUUGGACAACAUUCGUGUACUUACCAACAAGUUGGAAGUAGAACUUGAAUCAUUAUUGCAUAAUGCUGAAUUUGCUCUCAGAAACGAGGAUGUUAUAAAGAUUGCAAUCGACGACAUUAAGAAGAAAAUAGAAACUUUUUCAGAGACCAUUGACACUUUAAGUGCACAUGCUGAUAAAUGUAGUCGGCAGAUAAGGAGAGCAAGGACCGUGGUUAUACAGAAUAUAAUUAAAAGACCUGAUUGAGAUCCCUUUGGAAUGUUUUAUUGAUUACUUUCUCUUGCUGGUAUCUUCCUUUGCUCCAAUUAAGAAGUACUGAUUAAACUCCUUGAUCAUAAGAUGCCUUAUAAAGAGAAAUGAAGAUAGAACUUGUGUAGAACAUUUCUAUCCAUCCUAUGUAUAGAUAUUUGGAUUAUACAUAAUUACAAAUAUAUUUGCUGCUAUGUUGUUUCUGAUUACUCUGUUGCUAGAUGCAAUUGGACAUCAUCUAUAGGCAAUAAUAUUGAAAUCAUGAGAAGCUCACAGAACAAAGUCUAGGAUUGUUGAUAGUGAAGUGUAAGUGCAGCCUAUGGUGGACAUAUCUAACGGAGCAGCUUCAUGAUUAGGAGAUGGUAAGUAUCAAUUUUAAAAGGCGGAGUAUGAGAUCCAAAGAAAAUGAAAAAAUUUCUCUAUGAAUUGAAGUAUUGAUAUAUAAACUAGUUUUCAAUCUUUGACAUCUGCAUUCUCAAGUUGCAGCACAUGUUAAAUAAUUGUUUACCUAAUAUUUUGUUGUCAGUUGUUUCUAUUUCGGUACAUGGAAGUGAAAUGUAAAG